AUGGCCGAACUCCUCACAGCUGCCGAGGAGGCGUGUGGAGGCGCUCGUGUGGCCGGCGUGUCGUUCCACUCAGCGAACCAUCCCAUCACAUCUCCAGUCGUUCCCUCUCCCACUCGUCUAUAUCUAAGGGCACCUUAUGGCUACGUGGGCGCGGGCGCCAGCUACCCACAAACACAUGCCUACGAGAGAGGCGAAGGUACUGAUGUUACUGCUGAUGCUGAUGUUCAGGUUGAUAAUGCUACUGCUGCUGCUGAUGCUACUGAAGCUGAUGAUGCUACUGCUGCUGCUGAUGCUACUGAAGCUGAUGAUGCUGAUGAUGCUGCUGAUGCUACUGAAGCUGAUGAUGCUACUGCUGCUGAUGCUACUGAUGCUAAUGCUACUGAUGAUGCUGAUGCUGAUGCUACUGAUGCUGAUGAUGCUACUGAUGCUGAUGAUGCUACUGAUGAUGCUACUGAUGCUGAUGAUGCUACUGAUGCUGAUGAUGCUACGGAUGCUGAUGAUGCUACUGAUGCUGAUGCUACUGAUGCUGAUGAUGCUACUGAUGCUGAUGCUACUGAUGCUGAUGCUACGGAUGCUCAUGAUGCUACUGAUGCUGAUGCUACUGAUGCUGAUGAUGCUACUGAUGCUGAUGAUGCUACUGAUGCUCAUGAUGCUACUGAUGCUCAUGAUGCUACGGAUGCUGAUGAUGCUACUGAUGCUGAUGCUACUGAUGCUGAUGAUGCUACUGAUGCUGAUGCUACUGAUGCACAUGAUGCUGAUGAUGCUACUGAUGCUGAUGAUGCUACUGAUGCUGAUGAUGCUACUGAUGCUGAUGAUGCUACUGAUGCUGAUGCUACUGAUGCUGAUGCUACUGAUGCUCAUGAUGCUACUGAUGCUCAUGAUGCUACUGAUGCUCAUGAUGCUACGGAUGCUGAUGAUGCUACUGAUGCUGAUGCUACUGAUGCUGAUGAUGCUACUGAUGCUGAUGCUACUGAUGCUCAUGAUGCUACUGAUGCUGAUGAUGCUACUGAUGAUGAUGCUACUGAUGCUGAGGCUGAUGAUGCUGAGGCUGAUGCUGAUGAUGCUACGGAUGCUCAUGAUGCUACUGAUGCUGAUGCUACUGAUGCUGAUGUUACUGAUGCUGAUGUUACUGAUGCUGAUAAAGAAAAAGCAGACCAGGAGGGUACCGCUAUUGACAAAAAAGACAUUUAUAAACCAAAGUUCCCACCGGAUGAGGAUGCAUGA